AAUACUCUACGGAACCCCUUUGUGCAAGUUUUUGUAAAGUUCUCCGUGGGACUUGAUGCUGUUGAACUCCUGAAGCAGAUUGAUGACCUGGAUGUUCUCAGGCUGAAAUUAGAAAACAACAUUGACAUCAUCGAUCAACUGAACACACUGUCUUCUCUGACGGUGAACAUUUCCUCCUGUGUGCUGUAUGACCGCAUCCAGGCAGCAGACACUGUGGAGGAGAUGGAGAUGGUGGCUGAAAAGCUCUACAAAAGCAAUGAACUCUUUGGAAGUGUCAUUUUUAAGCUUCCAUCUAACAGAAGCUCACACAGAGGCUACGACUCUGAAAAUGUCUCUCUUCCUCCUAUCGUAAAAUAUACUAUCCGCAUGAGUCUGAAGACUGCACAGACCACAAGGAGCAUAAGAACCAAGAUUUGGGCCCCAGGGCCACACAAUUCUCCAUCACACAACCAGAUCUACAGCCGGGCUUUCAUUUACUUGCAGGAUAGUAUUGAAAGAGCAAUCAUUGAAUUACAAACAGGAAGAAACUCCCAGGAAGUUGCUGUCCAGGUUCAAGCAGUUCCCUAUCCCUGCUUCAUGAAAGAUAACUUCCUCACCAGUGUCUCCUAUUCCCUUCCGAUCGUGCUCAUGGUUGCCUGGGUUGUAUUUAUAGCUGCCUUUGUUAAAAAGCUUGUUUAUGAGAAGGACCUUCGGCUCCAUGAGUACAUGAAGAUGAUGGGCGUGAACUCCUGCAGCCAUUUCUUUGCCUGGCUUAUAGAGAGUGUUGGAUUUUUACUGGUUACAAUUGCAAUUCUCAUCAUUAUACUCAAGUUUGGCAAUAUUCUUCCCAAAACAAAUGGCUUCAUUUUGUUCCUGUACUUUUCGGACUACAGUUUCUCAGUGAUUGCUAUGAGCUAUCUCAUCAGUGUUUUCUUCAACAAUACCAACAUUGCAGCUCUAAUCGGAAGUCUCAUCUACGUCAUUGCCUUUUUUCCAUUUAUUGUUCUGGGGACAGUUGAGGAUGAGUUGAGCUAUGUCAUAAAAGUAUUCAUGAGCCUGCUGUCCCCAACAGCAUUCAGCUAUGCAAGCCAAUAUAUUGCACGAUAUGAAGAACAAGGUGUUGGUCUUCAAUGGGAAAACAUGUACAAGUCCCCUGUUCAGGAUGAUACCACCUCAUUUGGCUGGCUUUGCUGUCUAAUUCUAGCAGACUCUUUCAUUUAUUUCUUUAUUGCUUGGUACGUCAGGAAUGUCUUCCCAGGGACAUAUGGCAUGGCAGCUCCGUGGUAUUUCCCAGUCCUUCCUUCUUAUUGGAAAGAGCGAUUUGGAUGCUCAGAGGUGAAGCGUGAGAAAAGCAAUGGCCUUAUGUUUACCAAUAUCAUGAUGCAGAACACCAACCCUUCUGCCAAUAAGACAAGUCCUGACUGUGCAUUCCCCUCCAACAUUGAACCUGAACCUAAAGAUCUCCAAGUUGGAGUUGCCCUGCACGGGGUCACAAAGAUAUAUGGCUCAAAGACAGCUGUUCAAAACCUCAAUCUGAACUUCUACGAAGGGCAUAUUACAUCACUGCUAGGGCCAAAUGGAGCUGGAAAAACCACAACCAUCUCCAUGCUGACUGGGCUGUUUGGUGCCUCAGCAGGUACUAUUUUUGUAUAUGGAAAAGAUAUCAAGACAGACCUGAAUACUGUUCGUAAAAACAUGGGAGUCUGCAUGCAACAUGAUGUCUUGUUCAGUUACCUCACAACCAAGGAGCACCUUCUCUUAUAUGGCUCCAUCAAAGUCCCUCACUGGACCAAAAAGCAGCUUCACGAGGAGGUUAAAAGGACUUUAAAAGACACUGGCCUGUAUAGCCAUCGCCAUAAAAGAGUUGGAACAUUGUCUGGGGGAAUGAAGAGGAAAUUGUCCAUAUCCAUAGCUCUCAUUGGUGGUUCAAGGGUAGUGAUACUGGAUGAACCAUCCACUGGAGUUGACCCGUGUUCUCGUCGAAGUAUAUGGGAUGUCAUAUCCAAGAACAAAACUGCCAGAACAAUCAUCCUGUCAACACACCACUUGGAUGAGGCCGAGGUGUUGAGUGACCGCAUUGCCUUCCUGGAACAAGGUGGGCUUCGAUGUUGUGGCUCACCAUUUUACCUCAAGGAAGCUUUUGGGGAUGGCUAUCACCUCACACUCACCAAGAAGAAGAGUCCAAAUCUAGACACAAAUGCAAUCUGUGACACAGUGGCAGUGACAGCAAUGAUCCAGUCACACCUCCCUGAAGCCUACCUCAAGGAGGAUAUUGGGGGAGAGCUUGUGUACGUGCUCCCUCCAUUUAGCACUAAGGUCUCGGGUGCUUAUCUGUCACUCCUGAGAGCACUGGACAAGGGAAUGGGUAAACUCAACAUCGGCUGCUAUGGCAUUUCAGACACCACUGUCGAAGAGGUCUUCCUGAACUUGACAAAAGAUUCGCAAAAAAGUGGUAAUAUGAGUCUUGAACACUUAACACAGAGGAAAGUUGGGAAUCCCAGUGUCAAUGGCAUCUCAACUCCUGACGAUUUGUCUGUGAGCAGCAGCAACUUUACAGACAGAGACGACAAAGUCCUGACAAGAAGCGAGAAGCUGGAUGGCUUUGGCCUGUUGAUGAAGAAGAUAAUGGCUAUUCUCAUCAAGCGCUUCCACCACACCCGCAGGAACUGGAAAGGUCUCAUUGCUCAGGUCAUCCUCCCCAUCGUCUUUGUAGCCACUGCCAUGGGCCUUGGCACGCUUAGAGAUUCCAGCAACAGUUAUCCCGAGAUCAUGAUCUCUCCAUCCAUUUAUGGGACCUCCGAACAGACAGCCUUCUAUGCGAAUUUUGAUCCAAGCACAAAUGCCCUGGUCUCAGCAUUGUGGAAUUUCCCUGGCAUUGACAACAUGUGUUUGAAUACAAAUGCUUCGCAGUGUUUGCAAAAAGACAGUCUGGGAAAAUGGAACACAAGUGGAGAAGCUAUUGACAACUUUGGUGUUUGCUCCUGUUCAGACAAUGUCCAGGAAUGCCCUAAAUUUAAUUAUUCCCCACCUCAUAGAAGAAUAUAUUCUUCCCAAGUUAUUUAUAACCUCACUGGGAACCACAUGGAAAAUUAUCUCAUAUCAACUGCAAAUCGUUUUGUGCAGAAAAGAUAUGGAGGUUGGAGUUUUGGGCUGAAAUUGACUAACGACCUUCGUUUUGAUAUAACAGCAGUUCCUGUCAAUAGAACUCUUGCUAAGGUGUGGUAUGACCCAGAAGGCUACCACUCCCUCCCAGCUUACCUCAACAGCCUCAACAAUUUCCUCCUCAGAGUGAACAUGUCAGAAUACGAUGCUGCCAGGCACGGGAUCAUCAUGUAUAGCCAUCCUUAUCCAGGGGUACAAGACCAGGAACAAGCCACAAUCAGCAGUUUAAUCGAUAUUUUAGUGGCGCUCUCCAUCCUGAUGGGCUACUCUGUCACCACUGCCAGCUUUGUCACCUACAUUGUCAGGGAGCAUCAGACCAAAGCCAAGCAAUUGCAACACAUUUCCGGCAUUGGUGUGACAUGCUACUGGGUGACGAAUUUCAUCUAUGACAUGGUCUUUUACUUGGUCCCUGUAGCAUUUUCAAUUGGUGUCAUCGCAAUUUUCAAGCUACCUGCCUUCUACAGUGAAAAUAAUCUAGGAGCUGUGUCUCUUCUACUUUUGCUGUUUGGCUACGCAACAUUUUCUUGGAUGUAUUUGCUGGCUGGUCUCUUCCAUGAAACAGGAAUGGCCUUCAUCACUUAUGUCUGUGUCAACCUGUUUUUUGGCAUCAAUUCCAUUGUUUCCUUGUCGGUGGUAUACUUUCUUUCCAAGGAAAAGCCUAAUGAUCCGACUCUAGAACUUAUUUCUGAAACCCUCAAGCGAAUUUUCCUGAUAUUCCCUCAAUUCUGUUUUGGCUACGGUUUGAUAGAACUCUCCCAGCAACAAGCAGUCCUGGAUUUCUUAAAGGCAUAUGGUGUGGAAUACCCAAGUGAAACCUUUGAAAUGGAUAAACUAGGUGCAAUGUUUGUGGCUUUGGUUUCUCAGGGCACCAUGUUUUUCUUGUUGCGACUCCUACUCAAUGAGUGGCUGAUAAAGAAGCUCAGGCUCUUCUUCAGAAAAUUUGUCUCCUCGCCUAUCAUGGAGACAGUAGAUGAAGAUGAAGAUGUGCGCGCUGAGAGAUUAAGAGUUGAGAGUGGUGCAGCUGAGUUUGAUCUGGUCCAACUCCAUCAUCUCACUAAGACCUAUCAACUUAUCCACAAAAAGAUAAUAGCUGUUAACAACAUCAGCCUUGGGAUACCUGCUGGAGAGUGCUUUGGCCUCCUCGGUGUGAACGGAGCCGGGAAAACCACUAUAUUUAAGAUGCUGACAGGAGACAUAAUUCCUUCCAGUGGAAACAUUCUGAUCCGGAACAAGAGCGGAUCCCUGGGCCAUGUGGAUUCUCACAGCUCAUUGGUUGGGUACUGCCCUCAGGAGGAUGCCUUAGAUGACCUGGUAACUGUGGAAGAACACUUGUAUUUCUAUGCCAGAGUACAUGGUAUUCCAGAGAAAGACAUCAAAGAAACUGUUCAUAAACUCCUUAGGAGGCUCCAUUUGAUGCCCUACAAGGACAGAUCUACCUCCAUGUGCAGUUAUGGCACAAAAAGAAAGCUGUCCACUGCCCUGGCCUUAAUAGGGAAACCAUCCAUCCUCCUGCUGGACGAGCCAAGCUCGGGGAUGGAUCCCAAGUCAAAACGACACCUCUGGAGGAUCAUUUCAGAGGAGGUGCAGAACAAAUGCUCUGUCAUCCUCACAUCUCACAGCAUGGAAGAAUGUGAAGCCCUUUGUACCAGGCUGGCCAUUAUGGUGAACGGAAGGUUUCAAUGCAUUGGAUCUUUGCAACAUAUAAAGAGCAGGUUUGGACGUGGAUUUACUGUCAAGGUUCACUUGAAAAAUAAUAAAGUGAGCAUGGAAAACCUCACAAGGUUUAUGCAGCUGCACUUUCCAAAAACAUACUUAAAAGAUCAGCAUCUUAGCAUGCUAGAAUACCAUGUGCCAGUCACAGCAGGAGGAGUAGCAAACAUUUUUGACCUUCUGGAAACCAACAAGACUGCUUUAAAUAUCACAAAUUUCCUCGUGAGCCAGACGACUCUGGAAGAGGUAUUCAUCAACUUCGCCAAAGACCAAAAAUCCUAUGAAAAUGCCGAUACCAGUAGCCAUGGUUCCACCCUAAGUGUUGACUCACAGGAUGAUCGGAUAGAGUCUUAGCACCUGCAGCAGAUUCAACUUCAGUGAAAGACUGGUGGAUGCUUUCAGAGAAGACACCAUUUCUUAAAUUAUCUCUUCCUUACAAAGUGUUACACUGUACACAUGUGUACAGCACAAGACUGACAAAUUAUAAUAGACAUCAGUAUUGCUCCUGAAAUGAUUCCCCUGUACUUAGCACAGUGAGCAUGCAGGGUAUACACUGGUGAUCCUUAGGCAAAAUGUCAACCCCAUGAUGGAUGUCUUAAUUUAUUACUUUCAAUAAAAGGACAGCGUAAAAGGCCUGGGUAUUAGUAGUUGAAAAGUAAGGCCAGAGAAGAAAAGUAAGGUGGACUGGGGAGGACAAGGUUAUGUGAUCAAACAAAAUAACUUCUUUCUAGAAAAUAACAUGAACCCAUGAAACUAGUGUUUGUGUAAAGUGCUAAGGGCUGGAUUAACAAUGACAGAAAGCAGUGGGCACAGUCUCUACAGGAGGUGUGCCUGUUAGUUUCAGUGCCUGUGAAUACAUGGGGACAUGGUGAACCCCACAGUGUGCCUUAUGGUAAGAAUACAAUGAUACAGCAGUUUACCCUGGUGGUAAACAAAACAUAGGCCCAUUCCAGUCGUGUCUGGCCAAUGGCAAGGCGCAUGGAGAAGAGCCUCUUGCUUGUUGACAGGAAACAGGUGUGUCAGCUGGGCAGAUCCUGAAAACCAGUAACUCAUGUGCUGCUGGCAGGCAACAUUUUUAAAGCUCUUCCAGAAACCCUCACAAUUCUAGUUUCCCCACAGGAAACUUUGCUGUGAAAGAAAUAUUAGUAUGAAAAUAUUUUUCAGCUUACUAUCUGGCUGACCUGGAAUUAUAUGUAGGGUUAUA